AUGCGAAAAGUUAGAAAAAACGGAUAAAAUGAAAAAUAGGAACGGGAUAUACAUAAAUAAGAGAAGAUUUCCAGAGUGAAGCAGGAAAAAGACGACGACGGAACGUGGUAACCGGCACUUUGACCAUCACGGACGUCGAGAAGAAGGAGCGGCCGCGGCCUGGUGAGUCUCAGUGACAAAUGUCGGGACAUGAGUAGCCGUCGACAGCUUUUCUCCCAUCACUCUUCCCAUAUUUCAGCGCCUUGGCGCCCUUUGAAAAGCAGUGUUGAGUCCCCGUGGGCAUUUAUGCUGAAAAGGCUUCAAGGCCGACAUUCGUUAAGAAUAUUUUUUGAAAUAAAAAAGAGUAGCGUUGGAAGUCGACUCGAUUUUUCAGAAUUCUCCAAAUCUUCCAACGACUUGUGUGUGCAGCGGAACCACGCCGAAGUCUUGGCGGCUCUCGUCGUCGCAGUUUUCGUCGUUCAGUUCGCAGUCCUUCUGGUUUGUCUUCGACGUUGCUCCAGAAGCUACUCCGACGUUCAGUCGAUAUCCUCUGGUGAGCAAAAAAGUGCUUCUUUUUUUCGAAACUGUUUGUUCGUAGGAAGUGAUACGUCGACGUUUUCGUUUUCUCCGGCGUCUUCACGAACAAACAUUCACUGCUCCACAUCUCACGGUCUUUCUCUUCACAGUGGUAAGACAUUUUCCUCAUAG